AUGGGUUUAACUGAUAAAUUAAAAGGUAUUAAAAAAGAAGAUGUUGAUAAUGCAAAUCAACAAGCUGGUAAAUACGGUGGUGGUAAAGAUGGCCAAACUGGUACCGAUUUAGCUCAAGAAAAAUACCAACAAUAUCACGGUGGUAAUUCAAGCGGUACUGGAUCAAAUGCUGCUGGUGCAGGUACUGGAGCCGGUACUGGAGCCGGUACUUCUGGUGCUGGUGCUGCUGGUGCUGGUGCUGCAGCUGGUGGAUAUGGUGCAGGUUCAUCAUCAUCCCGAGGUCAAGGUUAUGGUUCAAACACAACUUCAUCAGGUUACGGUAAUGAAACUUCAGGUUAUGGCAAUCAAUCAGGUACUACUGGUCAAUCCGGUUAUGGAUCGAAGACUACCUCAGGUCAAUCAGGUCACGGUUCAUCAAACACUUCAUCUGGUUACGGUAAUCAAUCAUCAACUGGCCACCACGGAUCAUCAGGUCAUGAUGGUGCUACAACUGGUGCUGGCACUGCUACUGGUGGUGGUGUUGGUAGUGGUGCUUAUGGUUCAUCAACUACAGGUUCAUCAGGCCCUCAUUCAGGUUCUCACCACUCUGGUUCAGGCCCACAAGCUACUCAAGGUGGUUCUGCAUCUACUGAGUACGGCUCAAAUACCACCUAUGGUCAAUCAACUGGUUCAACUGGUAAUCAUUCAGGUGCUACUACUGGUGCUGCUGGUGCUACUGGUGCUACUGGUGCUGGUUUAGGUGGAGCUUCAUCAGGUUAUGGCUCAUCAGGCCAAUCAGGUCAUGGUUCAUCAGGUUAUGGCUCAUCAGGCCAAUCAGGUCAUGGUUCAUCGGGUCAUCGUUCUGGUGCUACUGGUUCAUCAUUUCAAACUGGUAAUGAUGCUUUAGAUUCAAAAAUUGCAAACUUACCAGAACAUUUACAACAAGAAGCUAAAAAAGAAUUUGAAAGGGGUUACUCAGAUGCUAAAUCAAGUUACAAAUAG